GCUGUCAGUAGUCACUGAUAAUAAGUCUCUGUUGAUUUAUAUUUUGUUUUAUCUUGCCGGGUGAACGACCAAAAAUGACCACGGUCCUUCCGGCCAUCACGAACCUGAGUGCCAGGGUUAUUCGCAUCUUGGGCUGCAAUCCGGGCCCAAUGACCCUUCAGGGUACCAACUCGUAUCUCAUCGGAACAGGCAAAAGUCGAAUUCUAUUGGACACGAGUGAUGCGGGGAAAACGGACUACAUGGACGCCCUGAGUAACCUUCUGAAGAAGCUGGACGUGCGGCUGGAGGCGAUCCUCCUGACGCAUUGGCACCACGACCAUGUCGGCUGCAUAGGGGCUAUAGACAAGGACAAAAGUCUGCACUCUCACAAUGGUUGCACCUUCCACAAGAUGCCAAGGAAAGACGCGGACGAGACGAAGGAAAAACACUACCCUGUGCAGGUCAAGCCUGUGAUUGACGGACAGAAGUUCUACACCGAAGGAGCUACCAUCAGGGCGGUCUUCACUCCUGGCCACACGACUGACCACACAGCGUUUGUGCUCGAGGAGGAAAACGCGCUCUUUUCUGGGGACUGCGUUUUAGGGGAGGGCACGACGGUGUUGGAGACGCUCAGCGACUACAUGAGGUCGUUGUACCUGAUGAAGGGCCUCAAGGCGGACAUCCUCUACCCUGGCCACGGCCCUCACAACUUGGAUGCUGGAAGCGUGAUUGGACAGUACAUUGCUCACAGGGAAAAAAGGGAGAAACAAGUUUUAGAGUGUUUGCAGCAGAAUGGAGAGAUGACCAUCGAGGAAAUUGUCAGAAGCGUUUACAAGGGUUUGCCUGAAAACCUGAUCCUGGCGGCCAGUCAAAAUGUUCAUCAGCACUUGGAAAAGUUGAUGGAAGAAGGCCGAGUCGAGGAAGUUGGAGAGAAAUAUCGCGUCAAGCAAAACUACAAGCUGUGAACGACUUAACACGGGUGAUAACAUAUUUUUAUAAUUUGUUGGAUAGCUAGUAAAAUAAUUCGUUAAAUCUGA